AUGCUUCCCAAAUCAAUUCACCCCUCACUGGAACCUCAACCCAAAACACUUCACACCAAACCCACCCUCACUUCCCUCACCUCCCUCCUCAAACCUCGUUUCGCCCCCCAAAACCCUCACGCAUGGAUUCUGUUCUCCGUCCUCUUCAUCCAGAUCCUCCUCCUCUGCAACUUCCGCAGCUUCCCCACUUCAAUUCCCACUCCUCUCCCCGCCGCUACUGUCCACCACUCUUCCCAAACCCUAGACCAAUGCGCCUCCGGCAAGGUCUUCGUCUACGACCUCCCCCAACCCUUUAACUACGAAAUCCUCCAGAAUUGCGACAACCUCAAUCCCUGGAGUUCCCGCUGCGACGCCCUCUCCAACCACGGGUUCGGCCGGAGCGCCGCCGCUCUCGCCGGAAUCGUCCCUGAUGAUCUCCUCCCGGCGUGGCACUGGACGGACCAGUUCGUCACCGAAAUCAUCUUCCACGACCGAUUAUUAAACCACAGGUGUAGGGUUAUGGAGCCGGAAUCCGCUACGGCGUUUUACGUACCAUUCUACGCUGGACUCGCGGUGGGGAAGUAUCUCUGGUUAAACUCAACCGCAGAGGAACGCGAUCGCCACUGCAACAUGAUUCUGCGCUGGGUUAUGGACCAACCUUUUUUUAAAAGAUCAAACGGUUGGGAUCAUUUUAUUACCAUGGGGCGCAUCACGUGGGAUUUUCGCCGCUCCAGGGACCGCGAUUGGGGUUCUAGCUGCAUCCACAAGCCUGGGAUAAGAAACGUCACGCGCCUUCUCAUUGAGCGCAACCCUUGGGACUAUUUUGACGUCGGUGUUCCCUACCCCACCGGAUUCCACCCGCGCUCCAAAUCCGACGUCACGCACUGGCAGAACUUCGUCCGCGCGCGCCACCGCAACGCGCUCUUCUGCUUCGCCGGCGCGCCUCGCCGCGCGUUCCGCGACGACUUCCGCGGGGUUCUGCUGAGUCAGUGCCGCGACUCGGGCGAGUCGUGCCGCACCGUGAAUUGCACCGGGACGCGGUGCUCCAACGGCACGUCGGCGAUUCUCGAAACGUUUCUCGACUCGGAUUUCUGCUUGCAGCCAAGAGGAGACAGCUUCACGCGCAGGUCCAUUUUCGAUUGCAUGGUGGCUGGUUCGAUUCCGGUUUUCUUCUGGCGGCGAACCGCGUACGUGCAGUAUGAAUGGUUCUUGCCAAGGGAACCGGGCAGUUACUCGGUUUACAUAGACCAUAACGCAGUGAGGAAUGGAACCGUAACCGUGAAAAACGUGCUUGAGAAGUUCACCAAGGAGGAAGUGAGGCAAAUGAGGGAGAAAGUGAUCGAGUACAUUCCGCGGUUGAUUUACGCCAACGCGAAAGAAGGGUUAGAGGGUAUGAAGGAUGCCUUCGAUGUUGCCAUCGAAGGUGUCUUCAAAAGGUUUGAAAAACAGGAACAACCCCAGUUUCAUAAGUGGAAAUAA